AUUUUUUUUUAUUUUGUUUCGACUGCGUCAGACCAACACGGCUACCUACCUGUAACUAAUAAUUUAAGUUUGGCAGGAACAGAUUUUUCCACCACCAGAGGCCUGGGGGAAUGGGAAUGUUGUUUGAUUCUUCUUAAAAUAAGUUAAUGGAGGGGACAAGUGUUGUUUGCUAUGGGGAGGGCAUUCCACAAACUGGGAGCCACCACUGAGAAGGUGCCCUCCUGCAGGUCCCUCCACCAUGAGGCUGAACGAGAGACAAGCAGGGCAGGUGGGGCGGUCUGAUAACUCAGAUGCAUCACAUGUUCCGGUUGGGUGUGUGCCUGCAAACAGCCCAGUGCAGAACAUUCCUUCCGAACUUUGGAAAUGGCAUUGGGUGCUGUUGGGAAAGCUGCCUUCAAAGGAGGUGCUGGUUUCUAGAGCAGUAUCAGCUCAUCCCAGCAGAAUAAGAACCUAAGGAAAUGUGAUGUGCAAGCCUAAUAGGGUUGCUGGGAUUUUCGACCCAUCCCAUGUUUUUUUUUUUAAGUGAACCAACCAGGUUCUCUCUUCUUGGACAAUCAGAUGGAGCAGGGCAUCUUUUUGGGUGGGGGGAUCACUUUUCUGAAUUUUUCUAUUUGGCUCUUGGCUCAAAGUAUCUAAAUGUAUACAGUAUUUAGGAUUUUUUUUAAAAAAAAAACACAUGCCAAAAUAAUUGUAGAUGUUUGUGCUGUUUUCAGCCUCAGUCAAUUGCAAACUGGACGCUGUCACAGGACGGGAUGCCCUUCUGAAUGGAUUCACGAGCAAUGGAUCCUGUAGAGCAAAGUCAAGUGUAUUGACCCUGUCUGCAGACUGAUAAAAUUGAAUGUAUUGGAUUUCUCCGCAGGCCAAAGCAAAGACGCACACACAACCCCCAAAAUAAACAGAUAGAAGGAUUCUUGCAUUGCAGGGGGUUGGACCUUCCAACUCUACAAUUCUAUGUUUCCAUGUAAUAAUAUCUCAAAACACAUCCCCUCCUGCAUUUGGCUUUUAUUUUUUUUGAGGCAGUGAUUUUGGAGUGGAACAGGUGUGGGGAGUGUUUGAGUCCUAGAAUCAUAGAACUAUAGAGUUGGAAGGUACCUCCAAGGGUCAUCUAGUCCAGCCCUCUGCAAAGCAGGAAUUGCAGCACAAGAAUCCCCUGCAGAUGGGCAUUCAACCCCUCUCUCAAAAUCUCAAAGGAGGAGGAGCUCCCCCCACCUUCCAAGGGAGUCUGUUCCACUGUCAAACAGCUCUUACUACCGUGCUUUGAAUAAAUAAGAGCAAGUUAAAUAAGUAAGCGAGCUCCCUUGGAAUACCCCUGCUCCCUCGGAUUUAUUUCCAAGGAAUAUAGCCACUGGUGUGUGUGUGGGGGGGGGGAGUGUAGGACCAGUGGUUACAGCAAAAGGUGUAAAAGACUGAAAAUGCAGUGAAAAUGUAGGGGAUUAUUAUCAUUGCUGGUGGAGCUGUAAAAAAAUUAGUAAGUUCUGGACAGAAAUCUAUGAGAAGCUAAAGAAAAUGUUAAAAUGGACAUUUGAAAAGAAGCCCGAGAUAUUAUUAUUAAGCCUAAUUCCGGAUAAUACCCCGACAGAUAGAAGAAACACCUUAUUAUACGCUUGUGCUGCGGCCAGGCUGUUAUUAGCACAAAAAUGGAAAGGAGACAAGUUACCGACCAUCCAGGAUUGGCAUAUCAAAUUGGUAGAGUUUAUGAACCUGGCGAGAUUAACAGCGAUAGUCAGAAAAGUCCCUAAACAAAAAUGGGAAAAAGAAUGGAAAUAUGUAAAAGAUUACCUUUGCAAUGAAGGAAUAGAUUCCAGAUGGGUGAUCUGCUUUGAAUAAGUUCGUACAAGUUUAUAGGAUUUAAUUUGUGCAUAGUAAAACUGAAAUAUGAAAUAAGGAAUUAGUUUUAUAAGAGGAAAGCAUAGCUGAAAUGAUUUGUAAAUAGGGAACUGAUAUGGAAAGCUGGGAAGUUUACUUUGUUUUAUGUUUAUUUAUAGCUUACUUUUGUUGUUUCCUUUUUCUUUCUUCUUUCUUCUUUUCUUUUCUUUUUUCUCCUUAUAAGUUUUCUUUUUGAUUUUGUAUAAUUUUGCAUUUGGUGUUGUGUUAUGUUGAGUUUGUUGACCUAUGUUACUUUUUGUUGCUUUGUAUUUUAUGUUUGGUAUUAAAUAAAGAUAUUUUUAACUUAAAAAAAAGGUGUAAAAGACCCGUAGUCUUCCAGUGUUGGAGGAUUCAACCAAUCACCAUCCCUGAUUGCUGGCUGUGCCAACGGGGGUUGAUGGGAGUUAGGAAGGGCCAUGGGUCUCACCUCCCUGGCUGGAGGAGACCCCUGUCUGAAACCCGGGAGAGCCAUUGUGGGCAGUCAGUGCAGACAACUGUGAGCUAGAUGGCUAAUGGACUGACUCAAGAUGAGCCAGCUUCCUAUAUUCUUAUGGGUGGAAAAAAACCAGUCAGUUAGGUAUGCCUCACUGCUGCACAAUUCCCCUGUGGAAUGUCUGCAGAACCUGCCUCUCUGGAAUUUGCAGUGCGGUGUCGAAUGUUCCCCGUUUCCUGUUUGUAUUUUUGUAGGUGAGAAGAGAUUCCGGUUUGAUCCCAGGGAGGACCACAUUGUGCUCUACCAUGAACAAGGGGCCCCCUCGGUCUUUGUGGGAACAGUCGGCAGGCUUCAUUACUACAACUUUGAGGACUCCACCAACUUUACGGUGCUUAUUGAAACAAACAGGGCGCUGUCCAAGUGCAAGAAACAGGAGAAUGCCAAAAACUAUCUUACCCUCCUGGAAAAAUACGAGGACCGGUUGCUGGUCUGUGGCACAAACGCCUGCAGCCCCACCUGCUGGAAUUUGGUAGAUAGGAAGGUGGAGCGAGGGAUCAGUGCCCAGGGCCUGGCUCCUUUUGCCCCUGAUCAAAACGGUCUUGUCCUCAUUGAUGGCAAGGAGAUCUACUCUACCAUCCCAAAGCACCAGUACAAUGGGCGGACGCUUCGUUUCCGUCGGAUUCGAGGAUCUGCGGUGCUCUUUACCAGCGUCACCGUCAUGAAUAAUCCAAAGUUUGUGAAGGCUGCCAUCAUAAAACAAGAGGAGGCUUACAAUGACAAGAUCUACUACUUCUUCCGAGAAGAAAACCCCGACUGGCCGAAGAACGCAGCUGCCCCAAGGAACGUCUCCAGGGUGGCUCAGCUGUGCAAGGGAGACAAAGGAGGCACCGGCUCCCUCUCGGCUGCCAAGUGGACCACCUUCCUGAAAGCCACCUUGCUCUGCGUCGACUCUGACACCGACCGGCACUUUAACCAGCUGCAGGACGUCUUCAUUGUGGAGUCUGCCAAAUGGUCUGAGACGAGAAUCUACGGGCUCUUCUUGAAUGAGUGGGAAUAUUCCGCAGUCUGUGUCUAUUCUGUUGGUGACAUCAAUAAGGUCUUCCAAACAUCACCUCUCAAAGACUACCACAAGAAACUCCCCCCUGUGAGGCCUGGGCAGUGUCUAGAAGGAGAACAGCGGACCCCCCAGGAGACCUUCACAGUGGCCGACAGCUACCCUGAGGUGGCGCGCAGGGUGAAGCAGGAAGACAUCUUGUAUCACAGCAAGCAUCGCUACCAGCAGAUUGGUGUCCACAGAGCCCUGGCAGCGGAUGGCGGCACCUACAGCAUCCUGUACUUGGCCACAGACAGAGGAACCGUCCACAAGGUUGCUGUCUUGCCCACGGGGGCCAACAACGUCCUGGAGAUCCAGCCUUUCCUCUCUCCUGCUGCCAUUCGGACCAUGACUCUGGACAGUGAAAGAAAGCAGCUCUUUGUAGCCUCUGGGAGUGAGGUGGUUCAGCUGCCCAUGGCUAUGUGUGGGGCGUAUGAGCAUAGCUGUGAGAGCUGCAUCCUGGCAAGGGAUCCUGACUGCGGAUGGAUCAACGGGAAAUGCACUUCUGUUUACGACCAUGACCAGCAUGGAAAAGGCACACUGCUACAGGCUCUAACACACAAUCCUGUUACGAAUAUUUGUUCAUCUCCAAGCCACAGCACUGCUAAAGGUGAUGACAGCCAGCACUGUGAGAAUAUGCCUGUGGCACCAGGCGCCCGCUACUACCUCAACUGCUCUAUCAAAUCCCACCAUGCCACUUACACUUGGCUCCACGACAACCAAGCAGUUGCGCACUGCGGAUCCGGCCAUCGCCACUGCAUCCACUUCAUAGAAUCUAUGACGGACGAGCUCUAUGGCACUUACUCCUGCGUUUCCCAGGAGGACUGGUUUAACCAGACGCUUGUGGCAGAAUGCCUGACGAAGCCCUCCAAGGUGAGGAUGCAGCUCAAGGAGCCCAGGAAUACGAUGGCAAAGGACCGGGCCACCCAAACAUAUUUGUCCCUCUGGCCAGGACUGUUGCAUAUGGCAGCCGUCAUCUUGCUCACCCAUUAAGGACUUGACCACCUGGCUGCCUCCCAACACAAGUGACCAAACUGUACCUCUUUCUAAUGUGUCUUUCUAAUGUAUUGUGGGGUGUCAGAGAUGCCGUUUCCUGCAUCAGAGCAGGAACUGAGAUGGGGGAAGCUUCCUGGCCGGUUAAAUCACAGAUGUUCAGAAAUCCUUUGUGUGAUUUCACUGGAUGAAGGCUAUUUAUUUUUAUUUAUUUAUUAUAUAUAUAUAUAUUUAAAAAUCAGAUUCUCUUUUUGUGGGGAACAAAAUCAACAAGCCUCAGGGCUACUUGUAGGCAAAGAUGUUGGAAACCCUUUUCAAAGAACUUUGAAGGCAGGUGCCGAGAAUGAAACGGUAGCCCCCGGCUGCGAUGCGAUGCCGGGCUUUGAAGGUGAUUUUUUUUUUGUGUCUUAAUUUCUGGAAGUCAGUUCACAUAGAGAAGAAAGAGGGAGAUCUCACAAAUGUGUUCCCAACUCUGAGUUCUACCUCUUCUCUCGUGUACAUGUGCUUGUGAGUAGACCAGCAAUCUGGGUGUGGGUCUGUUUUUCUUCUUCCUUGUGGGGAACGACUGUCAUGGCUGGGGGAGCUCAGGGUCUGCAUGCAAAAGCCGCAAUUGCUGGCAUCAAAAAGAAAAGAGGCUCCAGCCUCUUGAAGCCUUAGAGAGCUGCAGCCGGCGGCUGAGAGGGUGCUGAGCAAGGUGGUUCGGUGGCUGAUUUCAGAGUAAGGCAGACGUCUGUUUCUCUGCUGGAUGGACAGGUAGUUUUCUGCUGCCAGCACCUCCAAGGGAUGGGCAAAUGAGUCUCUUUCAUUUCAACCCCCACGUGAGUCCCCCUGAUCUCUGUUCUAGCCAGUUUUGGGAAGGGGGGGGGGAGAUCCACAUUUAAGUGUGUAUCUAAAGACAAACUACUUCAUAUAUUCUCUCUUUUCCAAACCAGAACCAGCGUGGUGUUGUGGUUAGACCAGGCAUCCCCAAACUGCGGCCCUCCAGAUGUUUUGGCCUACAACUCCCAUGAUCCCUAGCUAACAGGACCAGUGGUCAGGGAAGAUGGGAAUUGUAGUCCAAAACAUCUGGAGGGGCGAAGUUUGGGGGUGCCUGGGUUAGACUGUCAAACUAGGACCUGGGAGAGACUAGGGUUUGAAUCCCCUGCUCUGCUAUGAAGCUUUUGCUGCGUGUGACCUUGAGACAGUCACUGUAUCUCUAUCACAAACCUACCUCACAGGGUUGUUGUGAGGAUAAAACAGGGCGGAGGGGAACUGUGAACAGCCCCUUAAGUGAAAGGUGGGAUGUAAAUGUAAUGAUAAAAGGAAUUUUUUUAAAAAAGGGGGGGGACAGAUUCCUCAUCCCUGUUUUGUGCCUUCAGUUACAUCAGCAAAAAACCAAAAUAUUUAAUCUAACACCUUGCAUAUAUGUAUUCCAAGUAUGCUUUCCUUGAUGUCAGAACCAAUGAGUCUUGAAAGCUACCGACCGAAGGGUUUGCAGUUAGGUUGUAGCUAAACAAGGAGGGUCAUUGCAUGGGCAGCAGUUGCCAAGCAAGGCUGCUGGCCGCCUCUGCCACAGGGCAGGUUGGGAGAACCUUCCCCACCAGAUUAGUUUUGAGAGCAGCAACUUUGCUGGGGGAGCGUUAGUGGGGGACGUUUGAUUUGAUUUGCCUUCAAACGCAAACCUACCUCAUUCACACUUCCCCAAACAGCUGUCCUGUGAAGUUUGCACUUCUCCAAAUUUUGCAGCGCAGUUUUCCAAACAAAAGAAAGUGUCUCUUUGGGGGAAAGUGUGGCCAAAAAUGCAUGGAUUGGUGAAGGUGGCAUACCCCAAAACGCUGUUAUGCUAGGGAAAUUAGCUUGCAAAAAAAGGUCACUCUUUGGCGGGAAUGUAGAUGUUUGCAAUGUUCUGGACUACCGUAGAUGAGCAUUUGGGUCACUUCCGGUGAAAGUUCUAUGAAAUGCAGGCUAAAAGGUUGAUAAAUUUUCAUGCAGAUUUAAAAUAAAAUAAAAUUGCAAAGUGAUGUAGAAACGUAGCAAACUGAACUUUAAGACAGAAAAUCUUAGGAAUGUAGAAAAAAAUGAAAUAGAAAUUCAAAAGCAUAGCAAAUGGCUUUCAAUGACUCCCUUGCCACCUGGAGCAAGGAGGCCAGUUUCUGGAUGAGGUCUAAUCUGUGCGCUCUGCCUGCUUGCCUUUGCUUUGCGCCACUGUUGAGUCACCAUCUGUGAACGAGUCCCCUCGAGCAUAAACUGUGAAAUUUAAGAGUGUUCCUUUUUGGCUUAGCAAGGGAUGGUUCCAUAACUUUGCUUUCAGGCCAAGGAGACAACACUCCAUUGCACUACAAUUUAAAAAACCGUUCUUAAGCUCCAUUCCUCUUAAUUGCAACGAAUUUUCUCCCCACCCAUGCACUUUAAAAUAGUAUGACUUAUUAACAUAAUAACAUACUAUUUGUAUUUUGCUUUGUAGCCGAAAUAAUGUAUUUUUAAAUAAAUAAAGCUUUGUCAAAAUCAACUGGAGAAAAAGGUGUUGCUUCUUAGCUUCUCUGGGGGUGCUUUUAAGUCACCUCUAGACAAAUUAAGGUUUUGCCAUUGUAGUUGAUUGGGAGGUCUUGCGCAACAAACCCACUUUCAUGGAGCAGAGGGCUAUCGAUGACUACUACCCCCAUUGGCGAUGCCCUUUCCCAAGAGUUCGAGGUAGCAAUGCUUCUGGAUACCUGCGGCUGGAAACCGCAGGAGAGGAGAGGGAUCUUGGGCUCAAAUGCUGCUUGGGGGUUUCCCACAAGGGACGUCUGGUUGGCUACUG